GUUUACUGACCCCUGCUUGCCUUUGACCUGUCUAUUGCCUGCCCCUGUUGGAUUAUUAAACCAUUGUUAAUUCGGCAUUGUCUGCAUCUGGGUCUACCUGAUAGUAGUGAUGGCUCCUCUGUAAGUAAGAUUCAUGUCAACUAGUAAUGUUUAAACUGAGAACUCAACACUGACAUAUUGGAUGAUAGUACUAUGUCUAACUGCCUGGUUAAGGGCAUACCAUGAGAUCUGGGAUUUGAUUGGUCCCUUGCUGAAAAUGGAAAAGGAGUCACAGAGAACAUGGUUCUCGUUGGUUCCUUUGUGUGUUCCACAGGAUGACUGCUCCCUGACCCACCUGAAUCUGGCGGGAAAUGGACUGAUGGACAGCAGCAUUUCCACCCUCGCCAGGUGUCUGCCUGUCUGUCCCUCCAUGGUGUCUGUGGACCUGGCAUGGAACCCAGCGGUGACCUCAGCGGGACUCCACAGCAUCCUCUCCAACCGGCGAGCUUUGACCUAUCUCAACCUCCAAGGUUGUCAGGUAGCCGGACCCUGGGACAGCUCUAGUUUGGACGACUUGUCACACCAGGUCCAGGACCUGUGGCUGUGCUCCCAGGUGCUCAACAAACUGGACUGCAAGGCGCUGCAGCAGAUCUGGGGCCAGAGGAGGCCCGGGGGCUGCUUCCUCUCCAGGGAUGCCAAGUGCCUGCUCACUACUGCCCCUUCACUGUGAGGAAGACUCCUUCAGUUUUCACACCUUUAAAGACUGGUGUCGCUUCGAUUCCAAUGUGUACACUUGAGAUGAUUUACACUCCUUGGUCCUCAUAUUUGAGGCAUCUUUUGGUGACACAGGCUGCAGAGGGAUCUCGGCACCAAUAUUUUGAAUGCAUUAUGUAGGUAUAAUUAUUACAGGGUGUGUGUGGGAACUCUUUCAAGACUGUUGGAAAAGUUUUCCUCAAGAAGCUGGUUGAGAGAAUGUCAAGAGUGAAAAGCUGUCAUCAAGGCAAAGGGUAGCUAGCUACCUUGAAGAACCUCAAAUAUACCAUUUGUUUAACACUGUUUUGGUUUCUACAUGAUUCCAUAUGUGUUAUUUCAUAGUUUUGAUGUCUUCACUAUUAUUCUACAAUGUAGAAAAUAUUUUUAAAAAAAAUAAGAAACACCAUUGAAUGAGUAGGUGUGUCCAAACUUUUGACUGGUACUGUAUGUGUAAAUUGAGUCUGUAUUUUGUAUUUUGUCUAAGUUUUGUGAGUAUUCAAUGGAAAACACAAAUAUUAAGUGAACAUAAUCAUCAUUCUUUAACUCUAUUUGCCAUGGUGCUUUUUUUCAAUGCAACCCCCCAACAGUUGCUGACUGACUGAAGAAAUGGUCAAGCUGAGAAAUUAUUAAAUUGCUUCAUUCUGUCAAGUUCCCCCUAGUCUCUUCCCA